CUUUCCUUCCACGGUUACAGCAUGGAUCCUGUCUCCAACUUUAUUUCGGUGUUUUAGUGUCACUUUGGCGCUAUAUUUGGAUUGACAGCCGUCGCCUGGACACCGUAACGUACCUGGACGUCAUGUUCACAACCACCGGUUCUCGUGGCCUUUACAAGGCUCCUCUGUCGAAAAGCCUUCUUCUGGUUCUAAAUGGGCUAACUGUGAUGCUCACCCUGCUGCCACAGUACCAAGACCUGUUCGUGUACCACCUGCAGGCUAUCACACAGGAGCAUCAGGUGUGGAGAUUAUUGUGUGGCAGGCUGGUGUGUCUCGAUAUCAAGGACUCAUUCUGCAGCAGUUUGCUCAUUUACAACUUUCGAAUCUUUGAAAGGAGGUUUGGCACCAGGAAGUUUGCUUCCUUUCUUUUUGGUACUUGGUGUCUUUCUGCACUGAUGGAUUUCUUGCUGGCAAAGGCUUUCCAGUUUCUGUUUUACUAUGAGGUGGAAGAACUGCCUUCAGGACUGCUUGCACCAGUCUUCUCUCUGUUUGUGCCUUUCUACCUGUCGAUCCCCAGGAUGCCAGUCACACAGGUACUGGGUCGCAUCCACAUCACCAACAAGUCCCUGGUCUACAUAGUAGGCUUACAGCUGUUGACUUCCAGUCCUUUUAUGUGGCUCCUUGCACUCAGUGGAUUGAUCUCAGGUGGACUGUACCACUCCAGUGUCCUACGGUUACAGAAGAUCCUGUUUGUCCCCGCCUGGGUGUCUCGUAUUGGACAAUAUAUUCUGGAGCCAGUCUUUUCAAGCUCCCAACCUACCAGCGAGACACCUCUGGGGAUGGGUGCCACUCUUGACGUUCAGAGGCAGCAGAGGAUGGAGCUGCUCGACCAACAGCUGCUACUGGCCGAGUACAACGAGGCCAGGAGGAAUGCCAGACAUCAGCCACAGAGCGGGUUGCUACAGUGGACAAGGUUAUUCCCUUCACUGAGACACAGAGGACAGAACCGCGUCCCAGUGCAGCCCCGUCCUCAGCCUCAAGCCCACCAAUCCACACAGCCACCUUUUCUGGACAACUCCCCUGUAGCAGAAGAACAGGUUGCACGUUUAGUGGAAAUGGGCUUUUCCAGGAUCGAUGCCCUCGAGGCGCUCAGAGCUUCAAAUAAUGACAUUAAUAUGGCAACAAACUUCCUCUUGCAACACUGAGGGAAGCAGCUCAGUGAGGGGAAAGAGGUGACAGAAAGAGAAAGCAGGAACCAAAGCAGAUGAGCGAAAAGCUAAGCAGAAAGCAAAUAAUUCAGAGUCGAAGAGAAUAAAUAAAGGAAAGGAGACGACAAAGAAAAUUUGUACAGAUUAUAUGAAGGCAGUGUCACUGCUCCCCUGAAGCAGUGUUAGGCUGCCCCAACAGGAGCUGAGCCUGAUAGCAGGCUGAUGAAUGAAGUGUGAAGCACAGAGUGGAUGUCAUUUGCGUCAUUGCUUUCUGAUGGCUGUUGUAGUGUGAAACAGACGUCAUUGCUCAAGGAAGAUGAGUCAGGCCUCUAACUUAACAAGAUGCCCGAAAAAAACAAAAAAAAACAAAACACAAAAAUCAAACAAGUCAAGAGCUUUUCUAAGAGUACAUCUUAAAAAUAACAUUCUCCAGUCCAUUGGUGGAAAUAAAAAGUAGGCUACUUCUUUCAAACAGAGUUGACAAAUCAGCUGCCAUCUCACAGGCCAACAUAUACAGUAGCUAUGUAAAAUACAGUUUAUAUCCCAAUGUUUUGUCCUGUGUAUCCAGAGUUCUAGAUGUUGAUAAUUGGUUAGACGUGAAAAGGGAAAAAAGUGCAAGAUUUUUGUGCACUAAAUGAUCAGCUGUGCUGCUGUCAUUUUAUUUUAUUUUCAUGGUGGCAAAAUUAAAAUAAAUUAGUGGGGACUCUGGAAAAAAAAACUACAUGAACAAUAUAACCUACUAAACAAUGAUUUAACUACACAGGUUUUACUUUUUUACUUUGGCAGUGUUUCAUGGAAGUAACAGAUUGCAACCCUUUCCUGCUUGAGAUGUUUUAACAAAGCAGUUAGCCUGACUGAGAGAUACUUAAAGAGCCAAACUCUUGUGGGGCUGGCUGGUUUCGCCCAUUUUAACUCUACAAGUACUGUACAGUGUUGUGGACAGACGGGCUGUUUGCUGGCUACAUGGGCUAUCUCAGGGUCCCUGAGGUGACUUUUCUGUUAAUGACAUAAUCUCAAUCACAUGCGAGUGCACCUACACAGAUGCACAGAAGGCCUUCAAGGAGGUCAUGUUUCAUGCUCUUGACCAUUUUUGUUUCUUUAUUUCAUGCUCUUGUAUGCACAAACACAUUGAAAGGUUAUUUAUUGUGUCUUAACUGAGUCUUUUUUCUCGCUGCCAGCACAUCUAAUUCAAACUAAGUCUUAGAAAUCGGUUCAUAUUUAUUAUGCAAUAUCAUGGCGAGAGGUUUAAGGAGACUAUGUGUUGCAUAGUCACUAAUUUUGUGUAUAUAAACAUACAUGCAAGAGAAGUAAUACUGCAUCAGCAGUGUAUCGAUUUCAAAGAUGGAUGCUAGUUUUAUAUUUUGUGCAUAAUAAUAUUGAUAAUAUAUGACCACUGAGAAGAGUCAUUUGUGUUUGUAUUUUUGGAGAGUGAUUUAAAAAUAUAUGGAUGUGAUGACAGAAUUGUUGCAUGGUCAACUUUUUGAUGGACUGUAAUGAAUCAUGUUUGGUCCGUGGAAUAAAUCAACUUGAUGACGGAAUUAUUUGUUAUUGUGAUGAGCGUUUACCUUAAAAAAUAAAACA